UUUUUCAUUGUGACAUUCUCUCUCUUUUAGGUGAUUUUGUACGCCUUUGUUCCUGAUUUCUGCCAUAAGUUUCUUCCUGGAUACGUAGGAGGUGUGCAGGAAGGUGCUGUUACUCCUGCUGGUAUAGUAAAUAAAUAUGAAAUCAAUGGACUUCAGGCUUGGAUCAUCACCCAUGUGCUUUGGUUUGCAAAUGCCUAUUACUUCCACUGGUUCUCACCUACCAUCAUUUUUGACAAUUGGAUUCCUCUUCUGUGGUGUGCCAACAUCCUGGGAUAUGUAGUUUCCACGUUUGCAAUGAUUAAAGGCUACUUUUUUCCUACUAAUGCCAAAGACUGCAAAUUCACUGGCAACUUUUUUUAUGACUACAUGAUGGGGAUUGAAUUUAAUCCUCGAAUAGGAAAGUGGUUUGAUUUCAAGCUCUUCUUCAAUGGGCGCCCUGGUAUUGUAGCGUGGACUCUAAUUAACCUUUCCUAUGCUGCUAAACAACAGGAGCUGUAUGGGCAAGUAACCAACUCCAUGAUCCUUGUCAAUGUCCUUCAGGUAAAUUUGAUGGAGGAAAACAAGCAUUCUAGAAACAGAUGUAGCCUGAACUAG